AUGCUCCGCUGUUUGGCUUCCGUGAUCUACGAAGACAUUGAAGGCGAGUUCAGCGAGUUCCUCUACAUUGUCCGCCUCGAGCCCGAAGAGGUGGACGAGCUGUACCAGCACAUCGGCGUCUACAACCGACUCCACGAACCGUUCGACAACCUGCGCGACAACAUCCUAUUCAUCAAGCUCAUCCGGUUGUCCUGCCAAAAAGCCGCUGUUGACGUGCGAAAAGAGGGCACCGCCAUCCUGGAAGCGGCCGUCGGCUCGGGAUUCGUCGAAUCGGUGCUCGUCGCCCAUUUCGAGCCCGUCGUCGAGAGUGGCGAGCUUCAGCCCCCGAAUCAUGCAACGUGCCUGGAGGUGCUGCUCGACUUCUUCGACACGCUCUCCGAUUACGAGAUCGACAACGAGACAUGGCACGAACUCUUCACUCGGCUCCACCAAUUCUCCUGCGAAAUCUCCACGGAGGUGAAGCGCUGCAUGCGCGUCGACCCGGAUGUAGUUUUCGCCAGAAUCUAUGAACGUUCCUACCGCGACUUCGAGGGCGACCAGGGCCACCAUUUCCUACUCGACGGCCAUUUCCGUUCUGGGCCGAGCCGUUCGCUGCGAAGCGGCUUCGUCCUGCCGACGUGCAAGGAGGGCCCGCCGCCUACUCUGGACGCGGAUCCGAAUUCGAAUACGGCUGCCCUCUACCUGGAGUGUGAGCGCACCGAGCCGCCCAACGAUUUCCGGACGUUGGCCAGUGAGAUUGCCAUCGAAGAUGUCCAAAAUCCUGUGAAACCGUACGUUCGGCGGAUGAAGGUGAAGCAGCCGUUCGCCGACUCCGAAGAAUAUCUGGAUACGGUGUUCCGGCUGUUGCGCGAGGAUCUCGUGUCGGCGCUCCGGGAUGGCAUAGCUAUCUGGAAAGGGCAUAAUUAUCAAAUGGGCAAAGACGCGCACGGGCUGACUGCGGAUCUUUUCUUGGUGCAGGAUGUUCGGGUGAGGGGCGUACAGGUGAAGAGCGGCGUCGGUGUCCCGAUGCGAAUGUUGGAGAUCCCGCAAACGCUGGUCCAGCAAGUAAUCGACAGCCGUCGUCUCUCCUUCGGCCAGAUGGUGGCGCUGUCAAUGGACGGCUUCCAGGAGGACUGUCUUCUCGGUGUUAUUGUUGAACGGGACGACGAUUUAUUGAUUGCGCGGCGAUGCAUCGGUGUGGCGCUGGUGGCUGAACGUGACGGUGGUGUGGGCAGCGUGCGCGUCAAAAUGGACACGGCCUAUCAUAUGGUGGAGAGCAGCGCCUUCCUCGAGAUGUACUCCCCAGUGUUGGCCACGAUUAAGGGCCUCAACCGAUUCCUGCCUAUCCCAUUCGAGCGCUAUAUUGUCCACGGAAAGACGAACGUGCUGCCCCCGUAUUAUAUGCGCUCAACCACCCCAUCCGAAGUUACGGAGGAAAUCGCGAAAUUGGAGACACCUUCUCCAGCGCCGGAAGACGAAGAAGCCGGUCAGGGGUACAAGGGCGACAGCCCGGAGAUGGCCCAGCUGAUUCGCGAAAUCACCGACGCUGAGAAUUACGCCCCGCGACCUCUUGGCGCCACCUCCGAAGCGCAGAGGGGCAAGAUCAAGCUCCACGGCCGAGAAUAUGAGAUGUCCGAGGUUGAGCGGCUGUUUGAUCCCGGCAACGAGAUCAUGGAUCAUUCGCAGAAAGAAUCACUCCUGAAAGCCCUCCGCAACGAGUUCGCGCUGAUACAAGGCCCACCCGGCACCGGAAAAACGUUCCUCGGCGUGGAGGUGGUGGCGGCGAUGCUGGAGAAUCGACAGCGAUGGUGUAUCAUAGAGCCGAUCCUCAUCGUCUGCUACACGAAUCAAGCCCUCGACCAAUUCCUUGAGAAGAUCCACGAUCGCAUUAUGAAGGAGAUUGCGCAAAAUCGGAUCAAACACGAUCUGCCAACGGUCGUUCGGUUGGGAUCUCGGUGCGAUAGUGUCUACAUCAAGGAAUCCCACAAGCUGACGAAACGCGACGUCUGCGAGGCGUUCCGGGACCAUGUCCCGCCCACCAAGAUCAACAGGGGCUCGAUUUACUACGACUUUCAACUGGCCGAACGGACACUCGGAAGCGCCGUCGCCAUCCUCAGAUUCGGCAAGACGAAGCUGAUUGGCGGAAAGCAUACUCGCUCGGUGAUGUCCCUGCUGCAUUGCACUCAAUUCGACCGCGAAUACGGUCUCUAUCUUGACUCGAAAAAUCGGCCAAUGUCGAUCGAUGAGAAGCUGGUGGCGUGGCUGCUGAAUCGACAAUUCGCCAGGGAUCCGCUGAAGCUGCCCGGAAGUGGCUCGAAUUCGGAGGAGGAGGGCGAGAGCGUUGCGCAAGCAGGACGCAAGAAAAAGAAGAAUAAUGGGACUGAAGAGAAGCUGGCUGAUGCGCUACAGCAGUUGGACAUUGAGAAAGAGGGAAAAGAAGAGGACGCCGUGAAGCAACUGGCCCUCGAAGGAGAAGAAACGUAUGAAGUGCUCGAGGAUUGGUAUAUGGGCCGCGACCCGGUGGCUGAAGCUGACAGUCACCUCAAAUCGGUGCUGCUCUUCGGAAGGCCGAACGAGGGCAAAAGCGGCCAGUUGCAAGGCGCACGCUCGAAAUCGCUGCUGAAAAACACGCAGGAUCCGGUUGUGAUAGCGGCGAUGGAAGAAGUAGAGGAGCUCGUGCUCGGGGUGGAACCUUUGAAGGCGGAAGAAGCCGAUGCCAUUAUGAACAUUGUUACCCUGCCGAAGAAGCGCCGUUGGCAACUGUACGCCUACUGGCGCCACAAGCUCGUCGAGGAGACCAGGGCCCAGAUGCCGAGGCUGAUGGCCACCUACCGCGCCGCGUGCAACGCCAAAAAGGAGUUGAUGAUCAAGGAGGACGCCAAUAUUCUCAAGCACUCAUUGAUUAUUGGGGCGACGACUACGGGUGCGGCGAAGAAUCGGGAUCUGUUGACCCGGUUGAACUGUCGACAGCUUGUCGUUGAAGAGGCGGCCGAAGUUCUUGAAGCCCACGUCCUCACCUCAUUUCUGCCUUCCCUUGAGCAUGUCGUGCUCAUUGGUGAUCAUCAACAGCUGAAGCCCAGCUCGUCCGUCCACCAGCUCGGCCGCGACUACUUCCUCGAUGUGUCAAUGUUUGAGCGCCUCUACAACAUUGGAUUCCCGCAUUCAUCACUUUUGAAACAACAUCGUAUGCGUCCCGAAUUCACCGAACACAUUGUCCGCCCACAUUUCUACCCCAGGCUUGAAGACCACGAAACUGUGCUCAAAUACCCGUCCGUCGCCGGUAUGGGCAAAGAUUUGUUCUUCUGGACGCAUCAAGUUGCCGAAGAGACCCUCGGCUACGAGAGCACGUCAAAGCUGAACACCUACGAAAUCGAGCAGGCCGUCGCCCUGGCUCGAUAUCUCAUCCUGCAGGCCGUCUACCAGCCUUCGGAUAUCACCAUCCUGUGCACCUACACCGCCCAGACGCAAUUCAUGCGCAAGGAGGUGGGCCAAACCCUGGGAAUGACGCCAGAUGGGAAGACUGAAGUGCAAGUGGAGACACUCGAUGGAUAUCAGGGAAAGGAAAACAAGAUCAUCAUCCUGUCGCUGGUCCGGUCGAACAAUUCGGAGGGCACGAUCGGCUUCCUCGGCGUCAAGAAUCGAAUCUGUGUCGCGUGGACACGUGCCCAGCACGGUCUCUACGUCCUUGGCAAUAUGACGUUUUUGGCUGGCAGAUCUCAACUGUUCAACCAAAUCUGCGGCCGGCUCGUCAUCGCCCAGUCGAUUGGCGAAUGUCUUCCGGUGUGCUGCACAAAUCAUGGCAAGAGUCAGAACAUUCAAUUCCCGGAGCAGCUGAAGGAGAAGUGCCCGGAGGGUGGCUGCGAUCUGGAGUGUCUGAAGAAGCUCGCCUGCGAACACAAAUGCCCCAGAAAAUGCCAUCCGAUCGAUGACCACUACGCCUAUCGCUGUCUGGUGAUCGUUGAGAAGGGCUGUAAACGGGGCAAGCACGUCGAUUCGAAGCCAUGCUAUGAGGAAUUCGGGCCGUGCUACCGAUCGUUCGAGUUCAAGCUGGCAUGCGGGCACACGGCCAAAUACCCCUGCUUCACGGAUGAUGCCGAUCUCAAGUGCAACGCACCGUGCGCGCUGAAGCUGCCGUGUGGCCAUGGUUGCAAGGCGAAAUGUGGCCAGCCGUGCACAAAGAUUUGCCAGGAGGAAAUCGAGGUGAUGCACCCGACGUGCCUCUUCAAGCAUCGAACGAAAGUGCGUUGCGGGCUUGCUGUCGAGUUUUACGAGAGCAAAUCACCGUGUGCGCAUCCGUGUCAAGAAGUGCUCGCCUGUGACCACAUUUGCGCGAACACGUGCGGCGAGGAUUGCGUUUUCGAGUGUCUUGAGGUGGUCCACCGUGAGCUGCCCGGCUGUGGCCACCUCGAGGAGAUGCUCUGCUUCCAAAGCGUUGAUGCCGUCAACUGCAUGACGUGUCUCAAGACGAAAAAAGAGGAAGCCGAAGGA